AUGGAAAAUCCAGAUGGAAAUAACGAGGAAGUACCACCUCCACCUCCCCUUAAUCAAGACCAAAUCAUCCUCCUACAACAACAAAUGGAGGAGAUGAGAAGGGAAAGAGAGGAGGAAAGGAGAAGAGAUGCACCAGUUAGAAAUGCAUUUGGGAAUGUUAAUAUCCCAAUGCCACCCAUUGAUCCAAGAGUGAAUGCCAACAAUUUUGAGUUGAAGACGACAUUGAUCCAAUUUGUGGAGCAACGUGUUUUCUCGGGAAGGCCCACAGAGGAUCCUAAUAUGCACUUAGCCAAAUUCUUGGAGAUUGCCAACACAACCAAGCUUAAUGGGGUUCCCGAAGAUACAAUCAAGCUUAGGCUAUUCCCAUUCUCAUUGACGGGAUAUGCUAGAGAUUGGUUUGAUAACCUUGAGCCGGGCUCGGUUAUAAGUUGGGAAGACUUAGCCAAAAAGUUCUUGGGGAGGUUCUUUCCUCUUAGCUCUACUCUCAACCUACAAGCGGAGAUCUCCCAUUUUAAAAUGAAGAGCCAAGAGUCUAUGUUUGAAGCAUGGGAGAGAUUUAACGCUUUGUUGAAGAAGUGUCCUAACCAUGGGCUAUCUCCGGGCCAUCAAGUGAGCCUUUUCUAUAAUGGAUGCUCGGAAUUUAUCAAAAGUCAACUAGACUUUGGUUCGGGAGGAUCAUUCUUAGAUAAGGGGGUCGGUGAGUGCAAAAAGAUGCUUCAAAGGCUUGCAUACACUAGCAAGAGUUGGAGCUCGGGUCGAGAUGGCUCUAUGCCGGUAGCUUCGGUUGUUGAUUCGGAUGCAUUCAAUCUCCUCAACCAACAAAUGAUGAUUCUCAAUCAAAAGGUGGAUAGCAUAAGUUUGGGGAUGGUACCCAAUGUAGAGCCUCAAUCUACCGUAGAGGAUGUUAAUUAUGUGCAUCAAGGGGGAAACCAAGGAGAAAAUCAAAGGAACUUCUACAAUUAUCGCCCCAACAAUGGGGGUGGUAAUUACCAUCCAUCCUUCAAUGCACAUCCAAAUCUUUCUUAUGGGAAUCCAAAUAAUGCUAUUCAACCAAGUGGGGUUAACAAUGCACCUAACACUUCAAAGUCUUCAAUUGAUGUUACCAAUGAGCUUCUAAAAGCUUUGAUGGAGAAGACCGAUGGGAUUAUGAAACACUCUACCAAGAGAAUUGAUAAAGUUGAGACGGCGGUAGUAGAAGUUACUACAAGAAUGGGGGCAAUAUGA